AAAGUAGUUGAUACUACACUGUCAACAGUUUAAUCGUUCUGUUACUAUGGAAGGAAAAUUGUUACCUGAAAACUGACAUCCAGUUCUAUUGAGUGAUGGUAUAUUUUCUUUUGAAGUCAGUUAUUUAAUAAAUAAUUUUUUGUUAUUACAUAAGUAUUGCUAUUUUGAAGAGCCUUGGAACAAUUACACAUAGAACAAACAAUGAUACUAACAUGUGUAAUAAGAUAUGUUCACGUGAGAUGCAACUGACUGCUGGAUUAAAUGAUUAACAUAUCUGUAUAUACAUGCUGCUGCUGACUGUAUGAUGAAGUCUUAUAAAAGUGAAUUUAUGUAAAAUUGUUUCUGUUAUGUAUUCUGUAAUUAAGUAAAAAGAUAUAACAUGUGACAGUGGUUAAUAUCAUUUGUUGAUUUGUGGUGCUGUAUUUUAUCUUACGAACAAGUAUGUGAUGAUUAUAUACCAAAUAUUGCAUUAGGGCUAAUUUAUUACAAAGCCCAGUUCAGAUAAAGAAGGCAAGUAUAGACUUUGUUUUGGAUUAGUAUGUAUACUUCCAGAAGGGAAAGUGUUAAGAAUAGAUGCAGAAGCAGUAAUAAUUUUUAUGACAUUAAUGAGGUUACUAAAGUCUGUACAAUGUGACAUUUCAGUGAUGAAUUCUUUGUCAUACUCGCACUAUUGAACCUAUUAAACAGGACUUUGCAAUUUAGCUUACUUUUCAUAUUUCAUAAGUGAAGAUAAAAUAAUGGUAGAAAUUUGUAUGUAUCCAGUUGUGUAUGUAUAUGUAAGUGUUGAACUAAUGGAUGGAUUUUUAUGAAACUUUGUAUGAACAUCAUGCCAUUGUCAACCAUUCCUGCCUCUUUAUACUUUUGUGAUUUUGGGUUGUGAAUUACGUGGACUUUUAGGUGAGUGUGUUGGAUGAAUGUACUACCUCCAUCUUGAGGCCUUCAGCCCAUCCAUCUAUAAGUUCACCCAGCAUCACAACCAAGAACAUCAUCUUGGUCAGUUUUAUUGCCAUGAGAACCUCAAAUCAUCCUUUGUACUUGGUUAUCAAUGACUUCAGCCACGUAAGCCUUUGAGGUGCGAGCAGCAGUAGAGUUACUUAGUGUAAGACAGACAUUUUGAGUAAUAAUUGGUUUUAAGACUUAAACUUUCAUACAGAUAAGUGUCAAUGAAUGGUUGACAGUGGGGUUAGGUGAAUUGAAAAUAAGGCUCCCAAGGUACAAAUGUCCAGUUUCAAGUCAUUUAAGAACAUUUUUAAUGGUGGAGAAAAUAAGGAUCAGAUAUAUUUUAAUUUCAUACAAAUAGUGAUUAAGGAAUUGCACAGCAAACGUCUGUUUAACGUAAAGCAGAAGUAACGGACGUAUUAACAACAUUUAAAACUUUCCACCGGAUGCAUUUCCGGUAACAAAAGAAAGGAGCGUUGCUUUCGAGUUCGAGAGUAGAAUCGCCAAGAUGGCUGCUGCUCUGUCCAUGGAGCAAGAGCAGGCCACCAAGAAUUUCAUAGAUGAGGUUAAUCGGCUUCGACGUCGCCGAAGAGCCGGCCCUGUGUCCUGGGCUACCGCUGUCAAGUUCCUGGCUGCACGGAAGUUCGACGUGAGUCGCGCCGUGGCAUUAUACGAACAGCACGAAGCUACCCGACAUCGGGAAGGUCUUGUUCGUUUCGAUCCAAGUCGAGAGCCGCUCAAGAGCGAACUGGACACUGGCAAGUUCACUAUCCUGCCAACUCGGGAUGCAACGGGCGCCGCUAUUGCUGUGUUCACCGCUCGCACGCAUUGUCCGCAGGUAUCAUCCCAUCAGACGACGCUUCAGGGGGUCGUGUACCAGCUGGAUGUCGCGUUGGAGAGUGUCGACACGCAGAAAUGUGGCCUCGUGUUCAUCUACGACAUGUCAGACUCGAAAUAUUCCAACUUUGACUAUGACCUCAGUCAGAAGAUUCUCACGCUCCUAAAA